AUGAAUCAGCCUUUGCCUUUUCACCUCCAAAAAACUCGCGUGGCGCUUAUCCAGCUAGGCAACGUCGGCACUGAUAAAACCAAGAACCUAGCAAACGCCCAGAGCGAAAUUCUCCGGGCUGUGAAAGAGGCGCCUAGGGAUGGCGUAGACAUGGUGAUUUUACCGGAGUGCUUCAACUCGCCGUACAAUGUGGAUGUCUUCCGCCAGUAUGCUGAGUCCCUUUCGGGCUUGUACGACCAAGUAAAGAAAGGUGGUACAGCCACUACAUUCCACGGAGACAAAGCGUGGCCCAUCGAUAAUAUGGACAAUAAGCAGGCAAUUACACCGACCCAGGCAAUGCUAGACAAGAGCCCCAGUCUUGCAAUGAUGAGCGCUGUCGCGAAGGAGCUAGGCGUGGUUCUGGUAGGCGGCAGCAUUCCCGAGCUGGAUGAGCCCUCUGAUCAGAUCUAUAAUACCAGCAUUGUGUUGGAUGCUCAAGGUAAUGUCAUUUCUUUGCAUCGAAAACUGCACCUGUUUGAUAUUGACUUCCCUGGCCGCAUGACCUUCCAGGAAAGCAAGACCUUGACAGGGGGCGACCGUGUCACCAUAUUUGACUGUGCAUUUGGUCGCUUUGGACUGGGUAUUUGCUACGAUAUGCGCUUCCCUGAAAGCGCAAUGAUCGCCUCGCGAUUGGGUGCCGGAGCCAUUGUAUACCCAGGUGCCUUCAAUACGACGACAGGACCCUUAGCCUGGGAACUACUGCUUCGUGCUCGUGCAGUGGACAACCAAGUAUACACGAUCGCUUGCUCCCCUGCCCGUCCAGAGAGAGGCUAUCCUGCAUGGGGCCACAGCACUGUGGUCGACCCCUUGGCCCAAGUCACAGACACUUGCGACGAGCGGCCCACAAUUAUCUAUGCGGAACUUGACCCUGAGCGUGUGACGGAUGUCCGUAAAAUGGUCCCCAUCUCCAUGCAGCGCCGCUUUGAUGUGUACCCCAACGUAGCCAAAGUGUGUAUCAUGUCGACGGCAGACCAGAAACAGGCCAAGCGCCAGCGCUUUGAGAGUGUGUUUUCUACGAUUGUCGAGGAACUUCUUGGUUUCCUCAGGACGCAGUCAAUGCCAGAGGAUGCUAUUGAAUGGUACAAGCGCAACCUGGAAUACAACACGCCUGGCGGCAAGCUGAACCGUGGUUUGUCGGUGGUGGACACGGUUGAGAUCCUGCUCUGCACGGACGAGAACAACAAGAAGACUCGCGAGCUCACAGAGGAGGAGUACGUUGAGGCCGCCGUGUUGGGCUGGUGUGUUGAGUUGCUGCAGGCUUACUUCCUCGUCGCUGAUGACAUGAUGGAUGCCUCCAUUACCCGCCGUGGACACCCUUGCUGGUACCGUGUGGAUGGUAUUGGUAACAUCGCCAUCAAUGAUGCAUUUAUGCUGGAAGCUGCGAUCUACCACCUUUUGAAGACGCACUUCAAGUCGAAGCCGUACUACGGUCACCUUUUGGAGCUUUUCCAUGACGUGACGUUCCAGACGGAACUGGGUCAGUUGAUUGACUUGAUCACGGCGCCAGAGGACUCUGUCGACCUGUCCAAGUUCUCACUAAAGAAGCAUCACCUUAUUGUCGUGUACAAGACCGCGUUCUAUUCAUUCUACUUGCCUGUAGCCCUCGCUAUGCGCAUGUGCGGUGUUGAGGACGAAUCUGCGUACAAGCGUGCUGAGGAUAUUCUUAUUCCUCUCGGUGAGUACUUCCAGGUGCAGGACGACUACCUGGACUGCUACGGUGCGCCAGAAGUGAUCGGUAAGAUCGGUACCGAUAUUCUGGAUAACAAGUGCUCGUGGAAUAUCAACGUAGCUCUGAGCCAUGCCACUGAGGAGCAACGCAAGAUCUUGGAUGAAAACUACGGCCGUAAGGAUGCGCAGUGCGAGCAGAAGGUCAAGGAUGUGUUCAACGCGGAGAACAUUGAUCUGAAGACCAGGUUUGCAGACUACGAGCGUGAGAGCUACGACCGUAUUCACGGCUUGAUCAAUAGCCUCCCUGAGAGUAAGGGCGUGAAGCGCGCCGUCUUUGUGGCUUUCUUCGAGAAGGUGUACAAGCGCAGCAAGUAA